CUCCCGUUAUGGGUUGAAACGAUUCUGCGCAAUGAUUAGUGGAGGGUCGUCAAUCCACCGGUUUGAAUGGCUUUGUAUUGAAAACAUUUUAAAAUUGUAAAAGAUUUCGAAUCACUUAUGUUGAAAUUUAAAACUAUCACAAAAUUAAAAGAAAAAGAGCAAUGUUUCUUUCAACCCUUCUAAUGUGUCUGAUAGGACUUCUGGGAUGGCAUUCUGGCAGAGUGAGUUGUUCUUAUAGCACAGGUGGAGAAACGAAAAUUCGAAAAAGUCUUAUAUAUAUUGACUCAUAUGAUCCUGUGUCAAGACCUUCAUCACAGACCCACAUAAAGGCUGGACUAAAUAUCUUCGCUAUAGACGAACUGAAUUUACAAGAUCAAAAGCUGACCUUGGCUGGAUGGAUGACCUUUGAAUGGCAUGACGAUAGAAUUAUGUGGAACACCACCGAAAAUGAUGAUAUAAAAUACAUUUUUGCAAAGCCAGAGAAUAUUUGGAAACCUGAGUUGAUCAUUGAUAACGCAUUGGAAGAUCUUGGACUGAUUAGAGCAGAGGAUUUGUUGUUGCGGGUGAAAAAUACCGGAAGCGUCGAGUGGGACCCGCCCGUUUUGUUUAUCACACAUUGUGAGGUGGAUAUUACCUACUAUCCGUAUGAUACACAAAAAUGUGCCGUGGAACUGUUGAGUUGGUCUUAUACCAUUGAUGAAGUCAUUUUAGACCAUCUGUUUGAAGAAGUUAACCUCGAAGACUUCCAGGAACACGGGGAGUGGCAGAUUUUGUACACGCGUAUCGAAGACAGAAACUUGACCGAGCAUCUUCCUGAUGGAACGUUGAGAGUCUACCCUCAGCUUAACUUCUGGAUUGCACUACAGAGACGAGCGGGAUUUUACAACUUAAAUGUUAUAAUGCCGAUUGUCAUGACGUCAUUUUUGGUCGAUUUGGUGUUCCUGGUACCCAUAAGUUCGGGGGAGAAAAUCACGUACAUUCUCACUGAGUUUCUUGCACUUCUGGUUCUUCUCACAAUCGUCAUACCCCCUACCUCCAUAACCGUUAGUGUGUUAGCGCUAUGGUUGGGCUUUGUGCUCAUUGUUGCAGCAAGUGGUAUUAUGUCAACAGUCAUCGUCUUGUAUUUAUACCACAAAGAGGGCUCCCCAGCAAAGGGCUCGUUGAUAUCAAGGAUAUCAGUAUGCUUUGCUAAAGUACUGUGUUGGAAAAUGGCAAGCGUCGGGCUCGUGGACAAGAUCGAUAAAUCUGGGGUGCGUCAGAUAUCAGUUAAGUCCAUUAAACUUAGUGAUAUAAGGCCACCAAGUUACCAGGACUUGAAGAAGAGAGGUCUGACAACGGCAACGAAACCUGAUGUUAAAACAGCGUCGCCAAAAGUCGCAAAGGCCAUUAAAGAUGAAGACGACAACGAAGAUGAAGAACGUGACAUCACAUGGAAGAUGGUCGGACUGGUUUUUGACAAGUUCUGCUUCUAUCUAUACCUUAUAUUUACAAUUGUAAUGAACUUCACCUUUGUUCUGGCACUCUCUGCAGGUGGCCAGACAUCUGCUAAAUGAACAAAAAGACGGUCAAUGUUCUGCUGUAAAAAGCAUUUACUGGUAUUACAUGUUACGGAAACUUAAACAACAAUCAUAUAUUUUUUUAGUUAUUACAUUUUAGUAUUGUAGUAGUUUCGUUUUACAUGUAUCUACGAUUUUUGUACUGAAUAGGAAAGCCGGUUUGGUUGAUUAACCAAACAUGUGCUAGAAUCGACGUAAACAUGUGAUUUUCUGCUAUUGCAAAUAUAAACAUGUUCAAAUUUUAAAUUUAUUGAACUGUUAAGAGAAUCAUUGGUUUAACGGCAACAUAUAUAAUAUUUAUAUUUCUGGCUUUGUGUGUCUCCCUUUUUCUGAGAGAAUUUGUUUAAAUAGUGAAAAGAGUGCAUUUACUUAAAUACACAAAAAGUUUAAAUAUUCUAUUGUUUGCAGACGGCCGGAUAUAGUUUUAUACAAUGCUUAAUGUAAUACAUUUUUAGCAUGUACUCUAGUCUUUAUUAUGAUAGUUAUCAGACAUUUGUAUUUGUUAGCUGUAACAAGAAUUAAAAUGAUAAGACUAUUAAAGGAACUCCACGGAGGCUCAAAAAAAUAAAACGUUUAAUUUCAAAUGUUUUCAUAUAUCAGCUGGGGCACUUAAAAAAGAAAGAUAUGUAAAAGAAAAUCAAGAAAUAAACUCAGAAAUGAAUUGAAAAUCGUAUUAAAAUGCUAUUAUUAGCCUGAAUGAGUGAAAAGCGUUGCAACGUUUUCAGGUUUUAUGUCAUUCUUUACAAUUAGGUUAAUUAACUGGAAAAUUGAGUGAGCGAUAGGACUGAAACUUUGAACACAAGUAUUUGGUCUAGAACUUCAUUAAAUGGAAUAUUUAUCUUGUAAUAUUAUUUCAAGU